AGAAGAGUAUGUUGCAACCUUCAAAGGAUCUGAGUUCUUCUGCUACGACUUGUCCUUGAACCCGAUUCAAAGCAGCAGUGAUGAAAUCACAUUGUCAUUCAAAACCCUACAGAGGAACGGACUAAUGCUGCACACGGGCAAAUCUGCAGAUUACGUCAACCUGGCGCUGAAAAAUGGGGCUGUGUCACUCGUCAUUAAUUUGGGGUCUGGAGCCUUUGAAGCUCUUGUGGAGCCAGUCAAUGGAAAAUUUAAUGACAAUGAUUGGCAUGAUGUCAAAGUUACACGGAAUCUACGUCAGCACUCAGGCAUUGGACACGCUAUGGUAACCAUAUCUGUAGAUGGGAUUCUGACCACCACAGGAUAUACACAGGAGGACUAUACCAUGCUGGGCUCGGAUGACUUUUUCUAUGUUGGAGGGAGCCCUAGUACAGCGGACCUGCCUGGAUCUCCUGUUAGCAACAACUUCAUGGGUUGCCUGAAGGAGGUUGUUUACAAAAACAAUGAUGUAAGGCUUGAGUUGUCCAGACUGGCCAAGCAGGGUGAUCCAAAGAUGAAAGUCCAUGGCAUUGUGGCCUUUAAGUGUGAGAAUGUAGCCACUCUGGAUCCCAUUACAUUUGAGACACCCGAGUCAUAUAUUAUUCUUAACAAAUGGAAUGCUAAGAAGACAGGAUCCAUCUCUUUUGACUUCCGCACCACCGAACCCAACGGCCUUCUACUUUUCAGUCAUGGCAAGCCAAAGCAGCAACCAAAAGACUCCAAGACACCACAAACUCUUAAAGUUGACUUCUUUGCCAUUGAGAUGCUGGAUGGCCAUCUCUACUUGCUAUUAGAUAUGGGCUCAGGAACCACAAAGACCAAGGCAGUCAACAAAAAAGUAAAUGAUGGUGAAUGGUACCAUGUGGACUUCCAGCGAGAUGGAAGAUCAGGUACAAUCUCCAUCAAUACCCUUCGUACUGCUUACACAGCCCCUGGAGAAAGUGAGAUCUUGGACUUGGAUGACAAUCUGUAUCUUGGGGGUCUGCCAGAAAACAAGAUGGGCCUCGUGUUCCCCACUGAGGUGUGGACAGCUCUGCUCAACUAUGGCUAUGUGGGCUGUAUCCGAGAUUUAUUUAUAGAUGGACAGAGUAAAGAUGUGCGGCGCCUUGCAGAGGUCCAGAAGGCUGCCGGGGUCAAACCCUCAUGCUCUAAAGAGCCUCCUAAACAGUGCUUGAGCAACCCCUGCCAAAAUAAUGGUGUCUGCAGGGAGGGAUGGAACCGCUACGUCUGUGACUGCUCUGGAACUGGAUACUUGGGACGCUCCUGUGAAAGAGAGGCGACCAUUCUCAGUUACGAUGGCAGUAAGUUUAUGAAAGUCCAGCUCCCAGUGGUUAUGCACACAGAGGCUGAAGAUGUGUCUCUUCGAUUCCGCUCCCAACGGGCCUAUGGCCUGCUGAUAGCCACAACGUCCCAGGACUCUGCUGACACUCUGCGUCUUGAAUUGGAAAGUGGACGGGUCCGUCUCACCGUCAAUCUAGAUUGUAUCAGGAAUAACUGUACCACCAGCAAAGGUCCAGAGACUAUUUUUGCGGGUCAGAACCUGAACGAUAAUGAGUGGCAUACCGUACGUGUGUUCAGGAGAGGCAAGAGUUUGAAACUGACUGUAGAUGAACUACCGCCUGUGGAAGGUCAAAUGGCAGGUGACCACACCCAGCUGGAAUUUCAUAACAUUGAGACCGGCAUCGUGACAGAGAAGCGCUUCAUGUCCUUGGUGCCAUCUAACUUCAUUGGCCACCUUCAAAGCCUCUCCUUCAAUGGCAUGGCUUACAUUGACCUGUGCAAAAAUGGUGACAUUGAUUAUUGUGAACUCAAUGCCAUGAUUGGCUUCAAGAACAUUAUUGCUGAUCCGGUCACCUUCAAGUCACGUUCCAGCUAUGUGACUCUCACCACUCUGCAGGCCUACUACUCGAUGCACCUUUUCUUUCAGUUUAAAACCACAUCUCCUGAUGGUCUCAUCCUCUACAACAGUGGCGAUGGAAAUGAUUUCAUAGUGGUGGAACUGGUCAAAGGUUAUCUUCACUAUGUAUCUGACCUGGGGAAUGGAGCCCACCUCAUCAAAGGAAACUCCAAUAAACCUCUUAGUGACAACCAGUGGCACAAUGUUAUAAUCUCCAGAGACACUAACAAUCUACACACAGUCAAGAUCGAUACCAAGAUUACUACGCAGACAACUUCAGGAGCCAAGAAUCUGGACCUGAAGGGAAACCUUUACAUAGGUGGGGUGGCUAAGGAGAUGUAUAAGGACCUGCCCAAACUAGUACAUGCCAAGGAAGGUUUUCAGGGUUGCCUGGCAUCUGUGGAUCUGAACGGACGCCUCCCAGAUUUGAUGUCAGAUGCUCUGGACUGUGUGGGACAGAUAGAAAGAGGGUGUGAAGGCCCCAGUACCACGUGCCAAGAGGACUCCUGCGCCAACCAGGGUGUGUGUCUUCAGCAGUGGGAGGGCUUUAGCUGUGAUUGCAGCAUGACGACAUUUGGAGGACCACUUUGUAAUGACGCGGGAACAACAUACAUAUUUGGCCGAGAUGGUGGACUGAUCACCUACACGUGGCCACCAAAUGACAGACCCAGCACAAGGGCGGAUCGACUUGCCAUUGGGUUCAGUACACACCUGAAGGAUGCUGUCUUGGUGAGAGUGGAUAGCUCCUCUGGACUUGGAGACUUCUUGAAACUCCACAUUGAAAAAGGAAACAUUGCUGUAGUAUUUAAUGUGGGAACAGAUGACAUAAACAUUGAGGAGACGUCAAAAUUUGUAAAUGAUGGAAAAUACCAUAUAGUGAAGUUUACAAGGAGUGGGGGUAAUGCCACUCUGCAGGUGGAUGACCUGCCAGUCAUUGAGCGCUACCCCACAGGCAACAUUGAUAACGAUCGCCUGGCGCUUGCUAGACAGCGAAUCCCAUACCGACUCGGUCGAGUAGUUGACGAAUGGCUACUCGACAAAGGGCGACAGCUUACAAUCUUCAACAGCCAAACCACUAUACAGAUUGGGGGCUGGGAGCGAGAUCGGAGAGGAUCCUUUCAAGGCCAGCUCUCAGGACUCUACUACAAUGGGUUAAAGGUGUUCAACAUGGCCGCUGAAGGGGAUCCUAAUAUAAAGAUCAAGGGCAGCGUGCGGCUUGUUGGGGAGUCUCCAUCCUCUAUCACACCUCAGUCAAGCACCACAGCUAACCGUUCGGAGACAUCUACGUCCAUCAUGGAAAUCACUACUACCACUGCUUCUAGCAGGAAAGUUAAACUGACCACACCACGAGAGCCUCAGCAGACAACUGAGGACAGUGUGGUGGCUUCUGCUGAGUGUCCAAGUGAUGAUGAAGACAUUGAUCCCUGUGAGCCGAGCUCAGGUGGGUUAGCCAGUCCCACAGGAUCCGGACCAAAAGGUUACCCUGGCACAUCUGAGGUCUUCGGCGAGUCCAGCAGCACAACGGGGAUGGUUGUUGGCAUCGUAGCAGCAGCCGCAUUGUGUAUCCUCAUUCUACUUUAUGCCAUGUACAAGUACCGUAACAGAGACGAAGGAUCGUAUCAUGUGGAUGAGAGCCGCAAUUACAUCAGCAACUCAGCACAAUCCAAUGGCACAGUAGUCAAAGAGAAACCCAUCAACAACCCGAAAACCUCCAGCAAGAAUAAAAAGAACAAGGACAAAGAGUACUACGUGUGACUGAGGAACAUCUGGUCUUUUCUAGACCAGCGUCUGUCCUAAAGAUUGAUAAGGACAUAAACAUGUGUACAGGAUAAUACCGAAGAUGAACAAUAGUUAGUAUUUUUUUUUCUAACAAGACAGUGCUCUACAAAAUAAACUGAAGAUAAAAAUAUACAUUUCUUUACUCUUAAGAACUUCAAACAAACAGGAAAUACUGUCCAGAAAAAGACUUAUAGGAAAAUGGACUACCUAAUAUCUUAUGUGUCGACCAACAAUGAUAAUCCACAUGUGACUUGUUCUUGGGCCAGAAUAUUGCCUCCCUUUCUUCAUGUUUCUAGGAACAGAAGAGUACAGAUGCACAUUGCAGAUGGAGAUUCAGCAUUACAAACUCUGUAUUCUCGAGAAAAUGGCACACUACAUAAAUUAAUACAUACCAUAAAUAUGCUAAACAUUGACUGUAGAAGGGAGAGUAAAGGAAAAAAUUGGAUUUUCAGGCCAAAGGACUCUCUGAAAAGUCUUUUAAAGACUUUUUCAUGUCACUGAGCUGUUGCAGUGUAAAGAUUGGGACAGAUGGGCAUUUCUCUUUAAAUACACUUAUUUAAAGGAACUGUUCUGUUAGAAAGUGGAGGCCUUCAUUUUCCAUGCUGUAUUGUGAUAUUAAAGGGAGGACAUUUCUGCUAGAUUCCUGAGGAUCUGGGAAAUGAUUAUCACCUGGGAGCCAUGCACGCAAAAUUAUCUUAUUACAGUACUUAUGUUUAUAAACAGUACAACCACAUCUAUUUGUGCUUUCUGGACUGUGACAAAGUGGUGUUUUAUAGCCUGUUGUAAAGAUAAUGCAAAAUAUAACUGCUCCUCAACCAUUUUGGAAUAAAAUAAGAAAUUAAAAAAACAUAUGUGUUAAUAGGUGUUGCUAGACAUAGAAUAUUUUAUGAGGACAUCUUUUUCUCUCAGUUGAAUAAUAAUUUGAAAUAUCCUUGUUUUUACAUGUGUUCCUAUAUAGUUUUUAUACAAAUGCCAACCUGAGAUAGAUCAUUCUGGACCAGUAAUAGCCUAUCCAUUCCCCAAAAAACCCACACGACACUGACAGUGGAAUCUAGUGUGGAUCUCUUUCAAAGGAAUCACUGCCUUUUUUCUCCAUCCUAAUUUAGAUUAAUAAAAAUGAACAGGAAUAUGAGUGAUGAUAAAGAUUAGAAUAAAUAAACAUGUGUGUCUGUUUUUUUUUUUUGUCUAAGUAAUGCUAAACAGUGGACGAUGUGUGCCUGGGCAACCCCAAAAUCCUGCAGAGAAUAGCUCAAAUAAGUCUCCAUUUCAACUGUUCUGUGUUUGUUCUGUCAUUCUGUCUGUCAUAUCUGCUUUCCAGAGACCUGUACUUGGAUUGAGUAUGAGGAAAAAUGACCAUGAACUAUAAAUGAUGAUUAUUAAUUCUC